UAUAUUCUAUAUCCACAUUUUCACAUACUCAAAACAAAGAUGUACGUGUGAUUCUGUCCAACUGGGCUCGGCUAGGGUUCCUUCCCCCAGUGCCCCCUCUCCUAAAAAAAAUAUUCACAACACAACAGCAAGUGUUUCCUUGAUUCUCUAUAAAACUCCGUUUCUCACUUGCGUUUUACCAGCGGGGGGGAAAACGGUACCUACAGCAAUACUCUCAUAGUAGUUUACUCUCUCCCCCUUUUCUCUCCCUUUCCCUUCCGUUUCGCGUUUUUAGAUUCCUCUCUCUCUCUCUCUUGUUUAUCUUAAAGCCUAAGCCGUAACCGUUUCUUCUUCUUCUUCUCUCUCUCUCUCUCUGCGGAGGGUUUUUGAAUUUCUCUUCGAGAUGGACGAGAACGUGCUUGACGAUAUCAUUCGGAGGCUUGUAUCAGCGAAAAACGGUAGAACAACGAAGCAAGUGAAUCUUACCGAGGCUGAAAUUCGUCAGCUAUGUGCUUCCGCUAAGGAGAUCUUUCUCAGUCAACCUAAUCUUCUCGAGCUUGAAGCUCCUAUUAAGAUUUGUGGAGACGUCCAUGGCCAGUUUUCAGACCUUUUAAGGCUGUUUGAAUAUGGGGGAUACCCACCCGAAGCAAAUUAUUUAUUUCUUGGCGAUUACGUUGAUCGUGGUAAGCAGAGCAUAGAGACAAUAUGCUUACUCCUUGCAUACAAAAUCAAAUACAAGGAGAACUUCUUUCUUCUCAGGGGCAACCAUGAAUGCGCUUCUAUCAAUCGGAUAUAUGGUUUCUAUGAUGAGUGCAAGAGGAGGUUCAAUGUUCGCCUCUGGAAGACAUUUACUGAUUGCUUUAAUUGUUUACCGGUUGCUGCUCUAGUUGAUGAGAAGAUCCUUUGCAUGCAUGGGGGACUCUCACCUGAACUUAAAAACUUAGAUCAGAUACGGAAUAUUGCUCGCCCUGUUGAUGUGCCAGAUCAUGGCCUUCUCUGUGACCUUCUGUGGGCUGAUCCUGAUAAAGAUCUUGAGGGAUGGGGAGAAAAUGACCGAGGUGUUUCAUUCACAUUUGGAGCUGAUAAGGUUGUUGAGUUUCUUGAGCAGCUUGAUCUUGAUCUGAUUUGUAGAGCUCACCAGGUUGUAGAAGAUGGAUAUGAGUUUUUUGCCAAACGUAAGCUGGUGACUGUAUUCUCUGCACCAAAUUACUGUGGGGAAUUUGAUAAUGCUGGUGCUAUGAUGAGUGUAGAUGACACCUUGACAUGCUCGUUCCAGAUACUUAAGUCUUCUGAUAAGAAAGGGAAAGUUGGAUUUGGCAAUAACACAUCAAGACCUGGAACUCCACCUCAUAAGGGUGGGAAGGCUUAAUUAACAUUCUCGAGCUAUGUAACUAUAUUGUCAGUGAGCUGGACGAUGGCUUCCAUUCUCCACAUUAGGCUAAAGCUUAACGCUGGCAUGAUUGAUGAUGAUGAUUCACAAGAUAUAAUUUUGCAUUUUGCCUGCCUUCCUUGGCAACGAUAACUAAAGACAGUAUGACACUGAAAUGGCACUUUUUAUUGUGGCGACUCCGAUUGACCCCUUUCUUUUUCUUAUAGUUUUUCUUCUUCUCAAUGUACAAUGGAAAUUCAAACUCCAUAAGGGGAAAUCUUGAAUAUCUUGUUUUGGUGUUGCCAAAUUUUUAUUUUAUAUUAUAUGAUUGCAUCAACUUUA